UCGUUCCUGGAACUCACAGAAACUAAGGAAGAAUUUUGGACAUUCAGUAUGCAUUGAGAGGCCGAUCUCCAGUCACGGUUCUCAUUUGAGAAACUGUAUGGUUUACAAAACUGAAGACAUUCGGAACUACUGAAAAGUGCAUAUCAUUCAAUACAACUUUCAAGGAAAGUAUCAUCGUUAAACAGUGCAUUGAAACUUUAUUAACAAAAUUACUCAGCUGCAAGAAUAUUUCUACUGUGUCCUUGUCCUUGUCUGGCAUGAGCCAGCUGUGGUGUGCGGCCUAUGGCAGACCAACCAGAGUCCAUGCCCGGGGGGUCACGACGCCGCAAAAAUAAAAACACUGGAGUGGACCUGCGGGACGAGGAGGAAUCUGCUCUGCCCAGCACAUCCAAGUCCAGGAAAACAUCACGAUCAAAGCUACGCUCCUUUAGUACCCCUCAUGAUAAUAACAAAAAAGAAAUUACCACUUUAUUGUCUAGUUCAGAAAAGGCAGUAUCUGCAACAGUUUCCCGAGGAGGUCGUAAAGUCUCAAGACAGAUCAAAUCUGGUUCAGCUCAAGAUAACAUAAGUCACCUGCAGUUGCUGUUUGAUGAAGAAUUUACAGAAGAAGUGACAUCAAAAACUAGUGCUCCAGAGUUGAUUCACGCUGCAAGUGAGGAAAAACCUGCAUGUUCCUCAAAAGAAACAGUCAAGAAAAAGAGAGAUAAUAAGAGAAAAUAUACACCAGCACCCUCCACCUGCAGUCUUACAACUGGUGGCUCAGAGUUGUCAAAGUCCCAGGCUCUUGACCCUGGAUCAGCAUCUGAGGCACUCGUGAAUUUAUCUCCUAUUUCUGCUGAGACUGCAUUGGCAGGUGCCUCCAUUGCAGUAGCAAAACAAAAAGGACAGUCCCGGAGAAGAAAUACCAAACAAAAAGCUGAGGAUUCCAGUGUUGACCCUGAAAGUGAACUUCUCAAGAACAAAGACAAACCAUUGAGUACCAGCAGAAGCCAUAGAAAGAAGAGUAAAAAGACUCCAUCGUCCACAGGAUUUGAAGACGCUGCUCCCUUAGCAGUUGAUCUUAGAGUGUCAGUUUCUGCAGCUUCAGUGGAAAGGGAGAGUUUUAAUAGCUCUUUUGAGCCUAUUUUUGUUCCAGUAAAAAAACGCUGCUUACGGUCUGUUCCAGCAGAAGUGCAAGGCAUCAACUAUAGUCUGCCUAGCACAUCAGCUGCAUUAAGCAAUAGUUCAGAAGUUCACACCGUUUCAGUUUCUAAGAAAAGAAGUAAGUCUUCUGAAAAGAGAGGAAGAGAAGGCACUCCAAAUAAACGAAGUUCACGAAGCAAAAAGACGGGAUCGUGCGCAAGCAGUAGUGGGCGGCAAACGUCUGCCAGCACUACUCGACAGACACAGGGCCAAAUCCCACUUGCACGCAACUCUGCUCCCCUACCUGCAGUAGAGUGUGAACUGUCCAAGCCAUCUACAUCACAUAGCCAGCUAUCAUCUGACAUUAUGGCAACCCAGGAUAGUAAUAAUGGAGGUGUUGGUGGUAGUGGAAGUAAUGGCAGUGGUGCAGGUGGAAGCAGUGGUGGGACUGGAGGUGCUCGUCCAAAAGAAGAUAGCUCAUCUAUGUCACAAGCAGUAGCUGGUUUUCUAUCAUUAGACCCUGCUUCUCUGAUUCCACCUCAAGGAACUGGUGAGAAUGAAGAUGAGAGUGAUAUGGGCAGGCUGCAAGCCCUGCUGGAAGCUAGAGGCUUGCCAUCCCAUCUGUUUGGCGCGCUUGGUCCCAGAAUGCACCAGUUGCUUCAUCGUACCAUGAGUGGUGGCACAAUGUCCAAGGUACAGCAGCUGCUGCAGGGUCUUCAGGCAACUGGUGAUGAAGGUCAGCAAUUGACAGCUGUUAUGGAGAUGUGCCAGCUGUUGGUCAUGGGAACUGAGGAUAGUUUGGUGGGAUUUCCGGUCAAGCAAGUUGUUCCAGCUCUGGUUGCUCUUUUACAAAUGGAACACAACUUUGACAUCAUGAACCAUGCCUGCCGUGCUCUUACUUACAUGAUGGAGGCCCUUCCCAGAUCUUCAGCUGUUGUCGUUGAUGCUGUUCCUGUUUUUUUAGAAAAGUUACAAGUCAUUCAAUGUAUGGAUGUUGCUGAGCAAGCACUAACUGCUCUUGAAAUGUUGUCACGGAGGCAUAGCAAGGCCAUUCUGCAAGCUGGUGGAAUUGCUGCAUGUCUUAUGUACAUCGAUUUCUUCAGUGUGUCAGCCCAGCGCAGUGCACUUACGGUAGCAGCAAACUGUGUGCAGAACAUGAGCACUGAUGAGUUCCAUUAUAUGCGAGACUCCUUGCCACUACUCAGUAGCCGACUUAACCAUCAGGACAAAAAGAGUGUUGAGAGCGUGUGCCUGUGUUUCUCACGUCUAGUAGACAGUUUCCAGUCAGACCAACGUUUACUGAAGGAAAUUGCUGUUCAUGGUCUGCUGACUAAUGUCCAGCAGCUGCUGAUGGUCAGUCCGCCUUUAAUAAGCACAGGAGUGUUUGUCAUGGUAAUCCGCAUGUUAGCUAUCAUGUGUGCUAGCUGCCCUGAUCUUGCCGUUCUUCUUCUGAAACAGAAAAUUGCAGAAACCCUUUGCUUCCUGCUGAUAGGAGCAUCAGAGCAGCAGGCAACCAAUAUUGAGCUUGCUUCAAGAACACCCCAGGAGCUUUAUGAAAUUGUUUGCUUGAUUGGGGAGUUGCUGCCCAAACUGCCAUCAGAUGGUGUGUUUGCUAUUGAUGCCAUGCUGCGGAAAGGUCCAAAUCUGCAUAAUGAGGCUGUCAGCUGGCAGUGGCAAGAUGACAGAGCUAUUUGGCAUUCAUACACACCCAUUGACAGCAAAAUCAUUGAAGCUGCCUACCAAGCUGGAGAAGAUGAAAUUUGUCUGUCGGCCAUGGGUCGUUCAUACACAGUUGACUUUAACUCCAUGCAGCAAAUUAAUGAAGACACUGGAACAGCACGACCUGUGCAGCGUAAAAUCAAUCCACUUCUUUCCAACUCACAGCAGGCCUUGGCCUCAUCUGCUGUCCAAGAUCCAGAGAUGGAACAGUGUGACUCACGAGCUGAGAUUCUGAAGGAAGACUAUGAACUGGCUUCCACUUUUAUCCAGACCCUCUUUUCUGUGCUGUAUGAGGUCUACAGCUCCUCUGCUGGUCCCAACAUUAGACACAAGUGCCUGCAGACGAUAUUGCGCAUGGUCUAUUAUGCCUCUCCUGAUCUCCUUAGACUGGUCCUUAAGAGUCAGCCUGUUUCUAGUCAUAUUGCUGCAAUGAUGGCAUCCCCUGAUUUGAGAGUAGUGGUUGGAGCAUUCCAGAUGGCUGACAUUCUGAUGCUGAAACUUCCAGAUGUCUUCAGUGUUUAUUUUCGCCGUGAAGGUGUAAUGCAUCAAGUUCAAAAUAUAACACAAGCCAUGAGCCAGACAACCAGUCCCCCCACCAACAUUGGACCAUGCUCUGUCACUGCAACUACUACCAGCUCUGCAACGGCUGUGAAAUCCCCAUCACCUGUUGGUAGCAGUCCUAUGGGAGCAUUAAUGGGAGUUUCUGGUGCUGCCCCCAGCAUUUCUUCUUCAGCUCAUGGCAUCAUUGGAGUGGAUAACAUAGAUCGGCAUGACUCACCAGAUGCUUCCUCCUCCUCAUCUCUUCUAACAGGUGCCUGCCCCCAAAUGGAUGAGAGCUCAUCAUCACACAUGAGACUGAGUGAUGUUUUGAAGAGGAAGCGACCCCCAAAACGAGGCCCUACAAGAAAGAGUAAAAAUGAGGAUAGUGGGGGAGAGGCAAGCUCGAAAAAUACAUCUCUGACUAGUCGUGGGUCUGCUGGACGAGGGAAGUCUCCUGCAGGAAAAGAGUCAAAGUCAGCUGGGAGUGGUUCCAAAAUGUCAUCUUUCUUGCCAAGUUUCAACCCUAGGACAUGGGCUCGUCUUGGUUCCUCAACUGACAGACACACCACUGCAAAGGAUGUUUUGGUGCCCAAACCUGUUGUGAAUCAGAAUGCUGUGAACAAGGAGAAAGUAAGAAGUUGGAUCAAAGACCAGGCGGUCCGGUUCCUGGAGAAGUAUUUCUCUCCAGGAAGUGGGGGCAGCAGUCAUCCUGCUCUAGGUGUGUUGAAUCGUCUAACUGCAGCCUGCAAAUCUUUGUCUCUGGAGGAGGACUGUGGUGUUGAGUGCCUAGAAAAUAUUGCCAGUAUUAUGGAAGAAAGUGACGUGUCUCCAUUUGAAAUUAUCCACAGUGGCCUUAUAGGCAAUCUUUUACAAUAUUUAACAUCACAGACUGGUGUACCAGACCGUGACUUGCGCAUUCGUCGAUUUCUCCAUGUCUUCUUAAAGUGCCCUGCACCAGGGGUGACUCAUGUACGAGAACAAUCUUCAUGUGUGAACAAGGUCCCGCCUUUAUCACCUCUUUUGGUUAAACUAAUGGGGUGUUUGCAUCAGUUAGAGCAGUUUCAGGUCAAAGUUCAUGACCUUCCAGGUGGUGGUAGUACCAGUGGUCGUGGGUCAAAUGCUCUGAAAUUCUUCAGUACACAUCAGCUCAAGUGUCAGCUUCAAAGGCACCCAUCCUGUACAACAUUGCGUCAGUGGAAAGGGGGGCCUGUAAAGAUUGAUCCCCUGGCACUUGUGCAAGCUAUAGAGCGCUACCUUGUUAUGAGAGGAUAUGGUCAUACUAAGGAUGGCAAUGAUGACAUCAGUGAUGAGGAGAAUUCUGAUGAUGAUAUGGAAGAUUCUAUGGCAGCAAUGUUCAUUAGUCAAGGAACAGUUCGACAUAGGUUGGAGUUCCUUAUUGGUGACCGAGUGCUGCCUUACAACAUGACUGUUUACCAGGCUGUGAGGCAGUUCACCCCUCCCUCUGAUCGAGAUCCCACAGACACAGAUCAAGACUCAGACAAUCCUCUUGGCCAUGCUGGUAUCUGGGUUCAGACACAUACUAUCUGGUAUCGACCUGCUUCUGACCAGGACAGCGCCACAGCAACAAGCCCCAAGAAGACAAAGUCAGAAAGCAAGAGUUCUAGAUCUUCCAAAAAGAAAGGGCGAAGGAGCAGUAGAUAUGACAGCGACUCAGACAGUGGUGUGACCUGUCCUAUCACAGUACCUAUCCUGACCUCCUUCCUCAUUCCACAUCUGCCAGCAUUUGUGACGGUGUCAGAUUCUUCCUUAGAAACUAUUGCACUGCUUCGAGUACUACAUGCUCUUAACAGACACUGGGCCACCAUGUAUGAUGUAUCAUUCUUUCCUCAUCCUGUGCUAUCAAGUUCAGAAUUUAUCAGCUCUAAGCUUACUGCCAAAGCUACCCGACAACUCCAGGAUCCUUUGAUUAUUAUGACUGGCAAUCUGCCCAACUGGCUCAGUGAGAUUGGAAAUGCAGCGCCCUUUUUAUUCCCAUUCGACACAAGGCAGUUGCUGUUUUAUGCCACUGCCUUUGACCGUGAUCGUGCCAUGAUGCGCUUGCAACAGGACAGCAGCAGUGAUAGCACAGCACAUGAUAAUGAGAGAGUAGCUCCCAGGUUGGAUCGGCGACGAAGAAUGGUGAGUCGAAUGGACCUACUGCGGCAAGCUGAAAAAGUUAUGGAUGAGCUAGGAAAUUCUAAAGCUUUAUUGGAGAUUCACUAUGAAAAUGAGGUAGGCACAGGAUUGGGCCCAACUCUGGAGUUCUAUGCUCUUGUGUCUAAAGAGCUCCAGAGAUCAGACCUUGAGAUCUGGAAGGGGGAAGUGGUCUCUGCAGCUAACCCUACAGAACCAGAAAACAAAAUAGACUACGUGCACAGUUCCACGGGCCUUUAUCCUGCACCUCUUCCUCGCAAUGCUAAGGCCUCACUUGUUAACAAAGUCAAGGCUAAGUUUAAGUUCCUUGGCAAGUUCAUGGCCAAGGCACUUAUGGACUCCCGUAUGAUUGACUUACCUCUGAGUUCAGUAUUCUAUAAGUGGAUGCUAUGUCAGGAGCACAGUUUGACCUCAGGUGACCUUUACCACAUUGAUGUCAUCAUGGCAAGGUCAUUUCAACAGUUAGAGGCUGUAUUUCACCAAAGGAAACAUAUCUAUGCUGAUGAAUCUCAUACCGAGGAGAGUAGGCAGCUGGCAUUGGACAGCUUGACCCUGGAUGGAUCAUCUAUUGAAGACCUUGAUCUUUAUUUUGUUUUGCCGGGGUCAUCAAAUAUUGAGCUAAAAAAAGGGGGCAAGGACAUUCGAGUCACACUUUAUAAUCUCUCAGAGUAUCUGCAGCUGGUGAUCCAUUGGCGUCUGGUGGAAGGAGUUUCACGGCAGUUUGAGGCAUUCAGGGAAGGCUUUGAGUCUGUCUUCCCACUGUCAUCCCUGCAGUGUUUCUACCACGAAGAGUUAGAGCAGCUGUUCUGUGGAAGUCAGUGGGGACAGUGGGAUGUGCGAGUGCUGAUGGAAUGCUGUCGUCCUGACCAUGGUUACACACAUGACUCUCGUGCUGUGCGCUUCCUGUACCAGCUUCUGGCUAGCUAUGAUCUUCAACAACAGCGAGACUUCCUGCAGUUUGUGACUGGAUCUCCAAGGCUUCCUGUAGGAGGAUUUCGAAGUUUGUCGCCACCUCUCACAAUUGUACGAAAAGCAUUUGAAGCCAGUGAAUGUCCUGAUGAGUUCUUGCCAUCUGUGAUGACCUGUGUGAACUAUCUCAAGUUGCCUGACUAUUCGUCUCUAGAAAUCAUGCGACAAAAGCUUGCCAUUGCUGCCAAAGAGGGUCAACUCUCGUUCCAUUUGUCAUAGUACCAAACAUACAGAUGAGCACACUUUUUAUCCUGACUGUCCUACUCUCUGUGUGACCCAGACGGCAAAUGGCAACACAGGAACUGCUAAGCCUUUGUGCCCAGUUUCUGUACAAUAAAACAGACUGGGAAGGUGUAAGAUGCAUUUAUAUUGCUACUGAAUGCCAAGUUGGAGUCCAAUAAAUGUCUCUUUAUAAACAAACAAGGAAGCUAUGUGGGUUAUUUUCUGUUCCCUGAGAAUGUGAAAUUCUUAGAGAGCAGCAGCAUAGAGGCAUUUAUAAUGUAUGCACCAUCUGAUUGAUUUGCUUGUUCUGUCUUUUGUCCUUCGGGUUUGUUGGGUGAGCUGUUUAUUCUCAGUUGACAGGAUCUGGUAAAUGUGUGCAGAUUUUGUACAGAUUUAUUUGUUUUGGUUCAUAGCAUAAAUUCCUGGAUGGCAGCCAGGUAUGAGUGGCUUAAAGCUGCCAUUAUGUGUGUGGAAUUGGUGUUUAUUGAGCAAGAGGAUUUGUACCAGAAUCAAAGACUUCAUUUUGAGCCUCAAGUUCUUGUACAGAGAGUGAGAGAAGCUGUGUAAAAAAUGCAAAAUAAUUUUGUGGUUAUUUUCUUGCAGCGGAUGAAAUGGGCUUUUUCAAGUCUAUUUCUACAUUGUAAAACUCAUCACUGUAGCAGGUCACUGGUGUUCCAGAAAAGGAAAACAGAGAAAGUGGAGUUACUGAUUGUUUUGUAGAAGAAAAAGUUUGGCAAAUAUUGUUGGCUGGUUACGGGUGCAAAUUGUGUUCAAGAUUUGCAAAACCAUGCACACUUGGUUCUCAAGUAGUGGCAGCUUAGAGCAAGUGACAAAACAAGGGGAAAAAAGAUUUUCUGGAAUUACCAUGCAAGCUUCCAUGUGGUGGACAUUCACAGUGCUGUUCUGUAUGAAUAAAACUUCUUCAGCAAUUGUGCUUGUGUAUAGCAUUAUGGCUACAGUGUUUGAAGGACAGUUAUUGACCCAGUAUUCAACUUUCACAGAAGAGCAUAGUCCAGUAAAAAUCAAGGAAAGAUCAGCAUGAAAACAGUUAAUCCAAAAUGCAAAGAUCUUCAAAAGAUGUUUACAGGCUGCUCAUCUUUGAAUAGAAAAUAGUGGAUAAAGGCAAUUGCUUUGAUAAAAAUAUGUAAGUCAUUCUACUUUCCCCCACUUGCCUUGGACUUGUGUGAUAGCUCUGCCCUCCACUCCAGUUCUCAUCAUGCUUAUUUUGUGUCUUUUGCUCCCCCUCCUUUUCCCCAUCCACCCAUACACAAGCUCCAACUCUUGUCUAAAGUUUUACCAUAAUGUAAGCUUUAUGUCUGCUCCAGUUACAGAAGUGUCUUUUAUGCAGUAAACAUUACAUCAGAAAAAGUUCUAGGGGCUGUUACCAUACUUUAUGUUCUUUUUUCUUACAAGCUUUGUAUAGCUGCCACACAAUUACAAAUACUCUGUCACAAUAGUAGACUUCAUCUCCAGAUGGACACUCAUUUACAUUCCAUCUUGUAAUAUUUUUUAGCCAAAUUUUUAUCAGAUGAGAUUUCAUAGUGUAAUGUGAUCCAGUUACCAUCCCUGUUUUCCUUUUAUUUUUUAUUUGUAGUCAUUCAUAGGGUGGCUCAAAGUUCUUCUAAAAUGUAUUGAUUUCUAAUGCAGCCCUUGUUUCUACUGUUUUUUGAAGACAAAUUACUUUUCGGUGAACAUGUGAUUACACAAUAUUGAAAUAACUUAGGAAAACUACUAGAACUCAAAUUAGCACUUAAGGCUAUGAUUUUGAUUUUGAUUUACAAUUUUUUUGUUAUUAUUUAUUACAUUUUCAUAAGGAUUCUUUUGUUCUUGUUGCCCCUUUUCAUUAAGUGCAUGAAGUAUUUGGGAUAAUGAAGUGCUUGUAUUUGUGUGAUUGGUGAGGAUGUGCAUUUAUAUAAGGGGAGGUGCUAUUAAGGCUGGAUGAGCUUGCACAGGUGCAUGCAGCCACUCUAUUCUGAUAAUUGCUACAGAAAUAGUGUGUGACGUUUUAUUAUAAAACUGGAUUCCCUUGUAGCCUUUCAUUUGUAUUUUGCAAGAAUGCAUCAGUAGAACGUUUUAUCAAAUUUUGUGUCACACACACACACACAUUGGAUUAACAUUAUAUGCAUAUCGUUUUCUUCAGUUUCUCGAGGUACUCUAAAAUGAGACCAUGCAUGUAGAGGGCAAAAGGCAUGCGACUUCAACUUGUAUUAUUUAUCUAGUGCUUGGCCACCCUCAAGGAAGAGUAUAACAUAUUAAAUGUGUCUUGUCUUUAACAUUAUGACAUAUUGCCUCGUCUAGUGCAAGGCCACCCUUAAGGAAGACAUACUGACAUACUGAAUGUUUCUUGUCUUGAAAGAGAUGGUGGAACAGCCAUAGUAAAAUUAAGUUGCCUUCAGCAGACAAUUUCUGUUACCACUGACCAUUGGUAAGGAUGUAAUACCAAGAAUGGAUGUGUGAAUCUCGUAUAAGAGUAUGAUUAGUGCUAGUAAGUGCAGAUAAAUGACUAUAGUAACAGUUAAUUAAAAUGCCAUCUUUCAUCCCAAGUCUAGAGUGCUUGUUGCUUCAAGAAAAGUUUGCAGGUUUUACUGUCGCUCACUAUAAUAUAAUCUGACUUUAGUGGGAUGGUCUGGUGGCACAAUGGUUAAUUGCUUUUCACCAGUAGGAGUUUAAGGUGUUUGGAGUUUAAUCUUGUCUGACAGUUUUUUUACCUGUGGUACUUGUUUAGUUUAUUCCUUGUGACUCCACCAGGAGCAUAGGGCCACAACAAUGGUACUUGUUUGCAGGGCUGGUUACUUUGCUGGGAUAAAAAUCUUAGUUGCAGGUUUGGCAUAAGCACCAAUUUCCACUCACAUGCUACUCUAGAAAGGACAGUCCGAUGCACAAAAGUUGACACCUGUCACCAAUACAGUCAAUGUGGGCUGUCCUGGGUUGAGCCCCUGGGCACACUUCAUUCUGCACGUGGCAUCUGUUUAAAGGGGUGGCUGCUUUGCCAUGAUAUACCCUUAGUUCUGGCUCUGUGUAAAACACUAAUCCCCCUUCCCUCUGGAAAUUUUUUUUGUUUUUUAACUAUGAUUUUUUUCAGGAGAAUGAUAACGGGUGAUUGGUGUAAUAAAUGGUCAGUGUUACACAGUUACAGGAAGAGAACAAAAAUUGCCUGGUACAUGUGUGCUUAUUCAGCAUUUGAAAUAAUUUUGUGGCUAUUUUUCAAGGCAGAACUCACUUUAAAGAGUAGAGUUUAGUUCCCGGAAGCAUCACAUGUUGCAUAUGUUGAGGAUUUGAAAUAAACACAGACUACAACCUUUUUUUCCGUUGUGUUACUAUUCAAUUACAUCUAUAGAACUUUCAAUAUUUGUGAAAUUUAUUGACACCCUAACAAAGAUUUCUUCACAUGGGCUCAGUAUUAUACAACAUAACUGCUUUGUGCAUUUAAUAGAAGUGAAAGGAAGGCUUUUUCUGAAGAGAAUAUUUUAAAUGAAUGAAGCACUUAAGAUUAGCAUGGAGUUAAUGCUGCCAUUGCUUGAUAAUCAGUUGCAUGAAGAUUACUCUAUUUGCCAUUCUUGUCCAUCCUUUGCCUCUUGUGCCUGCAUGUCAAAAUACAGGGGGAAGAUCGUUUUCUCCAUUUUAUGUAAUUAUGUUUUUUUAAUUCCUGCAGUCCUGUUUUGGAGCUAAGUCUAGCUUUGCAUGUAUGACAUAGGAUUUCUGCUCAUGUUGUCAAGAGGAAAAGCUGCCUUGCAGUCUGUUUUGCAGUAAGUUGUAUGUGAACUUUGUGUCAGGCUUAUUUGUGCACAGAUUUUGCCUUGAAACUCUUACCUGUUGCAGAGUAUUUUGUGCUGAGAAUGAGUAAGGAGCUAAAACUCAGGUAAUUUAUGUGAUAAUUUAUUCAGUUGUUUUUUUUUUUUUACCUAUUGCUAUCCUUUGCUUUUCAUUUAUCCCAACUACAACCACUAUUUAGUUUUAUGAAAUAUUCUAUUUCCUAAAAGUUUGGUCAAAACAAAAGUAAGCAUUCAUUGACUUCAUAGUUGAUGAAAAGGAUAGUCAUCUGCAAGGGAUAUCUCAUAUGUAGGUAGGGGAAGGGAAACAAUAGUGUGGCAGUGCUGGUUGAGAGAUGUAUGUUAACUUAUAAGCUGGCGGUUGCACAUGCACGCACAAACACAGAGCUGAACACCAUCUGAAAUAUAGGAGUGCUUCAAGAAAAAAGUUAUGCAGUAAAAGCUGCAAAUUCUGUGACUAAAAUUUCACCUUUUGAAAAACUUCAAGCAGCUGUGGCAAAGUGGUGGUUGUUUCCACUUUUAAUAAUUGUAGGAGGACCACAGUCCGAGUCCUAACUGCCUGCCUGCUAGCGCCAUUAGUUGAAGACUAAAAAAACUCUGCUCUGUGCAUGCCCUUUUCCUUAAUCCUCAUUAUUUUGUGACAUUUUCAUCCUUGUUUUUGACAUCUGCAAAUAUUAUACUUUCAAAGUUAAACUCUUUUAUUAAGAUCAUAGAUUUUUAGUUGCUUUAUUAAGUAUGAUGAGAACAUAAGCGAGAGAGAAUUUUACAGAUAGUAGCAAGCAUUAUUAAACCUAGUUGAGAAAGGUCUAGAGACCUGCCACACCGAGGGCUUUUUUUAACAUGAUGGUGACAGCAGACAAUCUUUGCAGGCAUUUUGUUUCAUGUUUGUUAAUGGUAGGAAAGUCCAAUGAUGCAACAAUUUUCUGCAAUUUAGAUCGUGAACUGCUUUUUUUCUCUGUCUAGCACUUGUAGUUUUGACAGCUGUGACUGCUAUAAUCACAGGUGCAGAGAUUCUGAGACCUACAGUCAACCCAUUCCAGUUGGCUCUUACAUGAACGAUAACAUGCUGCUUGACCAAGUCAUAUAUUGCUAUCUUUUUCCGGUGUCAUUUUGGUAAAUGAUUUUUUUUUUUUUGAGUUACUCAUUUUGCAGGUUUCCAGAAAGGAAUGCAUUUUUUGUCUAGGGUCCCAUUUGUUUUUGUCAAUUUUGCAUUUGUUGUUAUAUGUGAGUUCAUGUGCCUAUGUGAGUGCUUGUUUGGGGGAGGGAGGGAGAAGAAUUAGAAAGUGAUAUUUCUGCCCUGUGAAAAGACUUGCAUGACUUUUUCUUUUGAUGUAGUUUUUUUUUUUUUUUGGUGGGAGGGGAGUAUUUACGUUUGCAUAAGCAUGUGGUUGAAUGGCAUCGUAUGGUUUACGGUUGCACAUUAAUCUUUCAGUGUAGUUAUUUGAUGAUGAAGAUGAUGAUCAGAAUUUAUGAACAAUAAAAGUUGAAAAAAAUGAA